UAGAUUAAAUCACAGUUUUGCCCCAGUCCCUUACCGACAGAGCAGGAGACGGGAAAUUUGGUAGUGCACCCCCGCGCCACUCUCGGACUCCGGACAGUGCGAAUUUGUUAAGUACGACUUGACAACGAAAAAAUGGCGGCUGCAGAUAUUCAACUUCUUGUCAACACUGUCUUUUACAUUGCAAUAUUUGUCAGUGGCUUUGUGAUAUCAAUACCAGUUGGUGUUGUCAACAUCAAUAAUGGAGGAAACUGUUUCUUGUAUGCAAAGUAUGACAAGGAGGAAUGUGUACAAUACAGUGGUUCGCUGAACUGUAACUUUCCCAUCUAUUUCUCGGUGUUUGCCUGUAUAUUUUAUGGCCUGGCCCAAACCUGUUAUAAUGCAUAUGCUGUAUACAAGUCCACGAAAGAUCCAACUGUCGGCUCUCAGAUGUGGGUGAUGCCAUUCAUCUUGCUGAACUCUCUGGUGGCUGCAGUGAUGACCGUGGUGGCCUGUAUGAUCAGUGUGGGCUUUGACAACACUUGUCAAUCGUUUGAAGACAUCACCAAAAAGGACAGUUGUGCCUUGGCUGAAAACAAGCACGUUAGAUCAGCAUGCAAUGGACCAGAGGAAGAGAAAGAUUACGAUUCAGGGAAUUUUUACAAGCUUUUUCAUGUUGCAGAGGUGGCCGCCUGGAUGUGUUGGUUGAUUUGGAUUGCCCUUGUCAUUUCUGGAAUUAUCCGAGCCGUUCGGAAUCGUCGACUCCGCACUGGAAAAGCAGACAAAGCAAACUUUGCUGAGGCUGAUCCCACUGCCUAAAUAGUAAAGGAUCAAAUCAGUAUUUUCCACCUUUAUCUACUAAUGUUAUUUCUAGUUUGUUUUGGGUUUUCCCCCUGUAGGAGUCUGAUGUUUUACCAAUCAGAUACAAGAUAAGUGAACUUUGAUGAAUAAAAAACCACACCACUCAUAUAAAUACAUGUAGUAGAUUUUUUUUUAUCAACAAGAGAAAAAAGAUUACUCAUUGCAAUUUUUUGGGUAUUAGUUUGACUUGCUUGUGUGUGCUUUAUUACAAUUGUUACGUGAUGUCAUUACCUGGUAGUGCUAACCAUUUGAUGAUAUUUUAACAUUGCGUAUGACAAUGGUAGCCUUAGAAACUCUGAACGUGACCAAGGUCAGAUAUAUUUUGAAUGUUAUUACUGAAUUCAGAUCUGCCAACUAUGUUUUUUUUUAUAUACUGGUAAUUCAUCUGACUUUGUUAUAAUAAUAAAACUAUUUUUAUAUACAUGUAUAUUCUUGCACGGUAUUACAUAGCUUAUCUCAUCCAUUCAAUUAUUUUAUUGUUGGUUUAUUGAAUACCUUUAAGGCCCAUGCAUGAGUUUGCUUUAUUGAGCAUUUAAACACAUUGUAACUUUAAACAGGUUUGUGAUUCAGUCAUGUUACUGAUUUUUAGUUGUGAAUUUUACUACAUGUUGAUAAUGAUGAGAUCUUUCUUUGUCAUUAUAUUUCAUUUGCAAAUUAAAAAUACUGUACUCAAGUAUUGAAUAUAUGUUAACAGUGAUUGCAGGGAAACCAAAAAAUCCAAAAACCAAAAAAAAUAUUGUUGGUGAAUCUCUUCUGAAGUAUGUGAGUAAAAUACUUGUACAAUUCAUACAACAUCUGUUGGAAGUAAUACUUAGUGGAGAGAAUUGUUCUUUGUAUUAAAGAUUGGUUUUUGCUCUGAGAGAGAUAGUUUUUAAAGCAGUAAUGUGCAAUUAUUUCAGUAUUAAGAUCUGUUUAAAAAAAAUAUUUAUACAGUUUAUAAAUCUCAGUAUCUACAAUGACUGAUUUCACUUUAUGACAAUUUGCAGUUACCUGUUUUUGAAGUGUUAUUUUGUUGAGAAUUCAUGUGAUUUAUAAGGUUAUGUAGCCAUCAAGUUUUCAUUUCUUUAUUGGUCUGAAGGGUUCCUUUUCUUUCCCUGUAUCAUGGUUGCUGUUCUGCAUUAAGAAACUUGCUUCAUACAAUGUAAAUACAUCAAAUAAGUAGCAGUGCUGUACUGUAUAAAACUCAACUGUGUUACAGUCAAAGGUAAUAUGCAUGUAAUUAUCAUUGUGAUGGAUUUGGUAAUGAACAUGUGAAUUCCACAUUGUAAUUAUGAAAAUGUGCACAGAUUUACAGUAGUCUGUGUAAUCAUCCUGUAAGAUGGAAUUGUACAUGUUCUGUUAUAUUACAAGGCGACAUUGUAUCAUUAUUUAAAAACAGGAAAUGUUUGUCAGUUUACAGGUAACAUUGACAUCAUGUAAACAUGCGAUUACUUUACACUGUCAUAAAGUAAGUGUAUCCCUAUACAAUACAGCAAAGCCAUGAAUAUGUGAAUGUGUAACCAAAGAUGUGGUUUUUAUUACUUUUUAUUUCAUCCGAUUGUAUUUUUUUUUUUACUUUUGUACUUUUUGGCAACUAUUGUGAAAUCUUUGAUUUUUCGAAAUAAUUCUGAUUCAGUCAUGCCUUAAUUGAGUUAAUCAGUCAUGAAGACAAGAUAAGGAAUAAUUAUGACAAUUCAGAUUUUGACAAUUAAUGAAACAAAUAAAUAAUGAUCGAUUUUGAAGAAGCAGCUGUUCUUAGAAUUGGACCACCUAUUACAUAUAAAUACAACCUAUUACAUGUAAACAUAAUCUAAUGCAUGUUUACCUGUUUACCUUUUGUUAUCACAGAAUAGCCUCUCAGUUGUUUGUUGAAUAAACUAAUGAGCAUCUCA